GACCAUGCUGAAUAUGCCAGGGAGCUGGCUAGAUUAUAUGGAGUGGAUCCGAAUCUGUCCUAUUCCAGUCUUCUUGAAGAGUUCAAGAAAGUUUUGGAUGCUAAGAGAGCAAAGCUACAAAAAUUGUAUAAAAUGAAAGCGGGCGUUCAGAAAAUACAGGAUAAUGCUACUAUAGAUCGACGUUCCAGUCGGGCAACGACAACAGAUGUCAUCAAAGAAUUAAAUGUUGACGUUCAGGAUCUGACACAAGAUAUUGGGGAUUUGGAAACUUCGCUCUUAUACCUUAAACAUUCAGCAGUGAAUGCGGAUAAUCCAGCUUCAACACCUACGGGCUCAAUCAUUAAUGAAAAUAUAAUCGACUCUAAAUUGGCUGAACUACAGAAAGCUUUAGAAAUUGAACUUCAGGUCAAGAGUGGUGCUCAACGCCUCAUUGAUACAUACAAAGGUGGUAAUCGCCAGAACGCAUCGAUUUUGGAGGAAGCAAAGCGCCAGUAUGAGAUCUCAAGUAAUAAAAUUGGAUUCAUACGAAAUCAGUUGAUUCGUGUCAAGCAACAGAGCGAGUCUGCUCAACAGGUAAGCCCUUUGCUUUACCACGAUUGCCAUUAUAAGUACUCUGUUUAA